AUGGCAUCAUCUCCCGCCGUUUCCGUUCCCAUCAUCGACACCCAUGUGCACCUCUAUCCCCAGUCCGAGGUAGGAACCCACCAGUGGUACGCUGAAGACAAUCCUCUCGCCAAGCAGCACUCCAUCCAGGAAUACCAGACCGCCACCGGUGCGCCUGGCAAUCUUCAGGGCUACGUCGCAAUUGAGGUCGACCGCAAGAACGACAAUGCUAAGGAUUGGACUCACCCACUACAAGAGAUUGCAUGGCUUCGCCGCAUCGUAACCGGCCAACCGAAGCCUGGCGAGGGCCACACGGCUGACGAUGGCCGUGAUUGUCUCGGAAUUGUGCCGUGGGCGCCGGUUGCGUUGGGCUCUGCAGAGUUGGAAAAGUAUCUUGCAGCUGCGGAAAAGGAAGCCGGGCCUGAAACAUGGGCCAAGGUGAAGGGUUUCCGCUACUUACUGCAAGAUAAGCCCAACGGAACAGCCCUAAGUGACGAUUUUAUCGAGGGCCUGAAGCUGCUUGGCAGAAAGAAGUUCGUCUUUGACCUGGGUGUUGACCAGCACAAAAGAGGGAGAAUCCAACUGGAGGAGGCGGUAGAAAUGAUCGACCGUGCACACGAAGGUGUGGACGAGGAGGACAAAGUGGUAUUUAUCCUGAACCACCUUUGCAAGCCAGAUCUAACCAUCGUCAACGUACAAACGGAUCCCUCAUACAUCGCCUGGCGCACCGCCAUGUUUACGCUCAGCAAGUGCGACCGUACCUACAUGAAACUGAGCGGCUGCUUCAGCGAGAUGCCCGAGUUUUUGAGGGCUCGCCCGGCCGAGGAAAUUCUCUCUGCUAUCCUACCCUGGCUUGCCGUGGUGAUUGCCGCCUUUGGGCCCGAACGCAUCAUGUUUGGCAGCGACUGGCCGGUGUGCACUCUAGGCCUUGGUGAUGAAGCCUGGAAGAAGUGGCGCAGAGUGGUGGAGAUGACGUGCCAUAUGGCUGGCUUGGGACCCGAGGCUCAGACAAGGCUCUGGGCGGAAACAGCGAGGGAAGCGUACAAACUUGAUAGUCGUCCGGUCUACAAAGUCGUAGACUUGACGAGAAGCGACGAAUAG